CUAUAAUACACUCAUUUGAAUAUAAUAUUAAUAUGUGAUAUAAAACUUGUAGAAUCCAAAACAUAUCAUGAUCGGGUAGCUAAACAUGUUAGCUGGACCAAAGUCGCUAAGACAUGUGUCGACGGAUUUGAAAAUCUUGGUGAUAGGGAAAAAGAUGCUAAAAUUAUCGAUCUUCAAAAGAGAUGGAAAAAUCUCCGUGAUAAUUAUAGAAAAAAAUGUGUAAUUAAGUCCGGACAAGCUGCGAAUAAAAAAAAAAAAGUAUAUAUAUGCUGAUAUAAUGGAAUUUUUGCGACCAACUAUGGAAAACAGAAGCACUGAAGGUAAUGUUGAAGAAUCCAGUGACAAUGAAAUUGAUAUCAACGACUCUGCACGAGAAGAAAAUAUUAUUGAAAACGAUGAAGAUGACGAAAAUGAUAUUUUAGAUGACCCGGUUCUAAAGAGACCUUCAAAAACCAAACCAGUAAAGAAACCUUCAUUUGAAGAUAAUUUACUUCAUAUUUUGGAAAACCGCCGUACAGAAGAUGCGGAAACUUCUUUUCUAAUGUCACUCCUUCCUCAAAUCCGCAGUUUAACCGAGGAACAAAAAAGCAGGGUUUACAUUGAAUUUUUGACUGUUCUUCAAAGAGUUAAAUAUUCUACUCCACCUCAAAUGCAACACAUACCUUCUCAAGUAAGCACUGGUCAUAUUCCUUUUAACUAUUCCUAUUAUAAUUCAAAUCAAACUUCACCUGCAUUUUCUUCAACUUCAUUAAACUCGACCAUAAACCCACCUCAAAUUGAAACUAUAAAUCAUUCUUUGCAUUCUUAUUACUCUCAGUAUAAUCCUCAAACAUCUGCAUCUUCCUCACAUUCCGUUAAUACAUUUCAACAUUCUGAUUUUGAAAAUAACAAUAAUUAAUUACACAUCAUCAUGAUCAUAUAAUCUAUCAUGU